AUGGGCGUAUUACCUGUCAUAAACACACAGUGGCACUACUUACAAGUAAGCAAUGCACAGGCAAUGCAUCGCUUCACUGUUGUCAGCUUUACCAAGUAUAACAGCCUAUCUAAAUAUGGCUUGUGGCCACUGCUGUACUCAGAAGUUAAUGCAAAGACACAGCAUAAGCAAUGGCUGGUGAAGGACUGGAAAUUAAUCAAGCAUUAGAAAAACAAUGUGAGGCAAAGUGGACAUCAUUAUUUCUCACUUUGGAUGUUCCAGUUUCCUCAUGACCAAGACACCUGCUACUUUGCCCACUAUUAUCCUUACCCCUACUCCAAUCUGUAGGAGUAUCUGGGGGCCAUCUCUAAAGAUCCAGUGAAGUCCACGUUCUUCAAGAUUCACUUCUUAUGCCAUUCACUGGCAGGAAACACCAUCAUCAUCAUCACCACCACCCAUCCCCCUCCAAAAGUGACAAGGAAGGCUGUGAUACUGACAGUGAGGGUGCAUCCAGGAGAAACGAGUUCCUGGAUAGUGAAGGGCUUCAUGGAUUUCAUUCUUGGAAGCAAAGCUCAACUCCUGUGGGACAAUUUUAUCUUGAAAGUGGUACAAAUGUUGAAUCCAGAUGGUGUGAUUGUGGGAAAUCACCACUUUUUAACAGGCCAUGACUUGAAUUGCAAAUAUAGAUCUAUUGUAGAGGAAUAUUACCCUUCCAUCUGGUGUACCCAAAACAUGAUAAACACACAUGUGAAAGACUUGGAGUCCAUAGGACAGCAUUUCCAUAAUGCUCUCUUAAACUACUGUGUAAACAGCAAGCAGGAACACAAGAAGGUAGUGAAACAGCAAGCCAGGGUGAACUCUAAGGUCCUAAAUUCUGAUGUGUUAGACUGGUAUACCAACUCUGAGAGUCCCACCCCCAAUGCUAAAGGCAUUUAUGAAAAGUCAUCUGUGCAACAGGAGGCAGGAAGUGUGUGCCAUGAUAUGAUCCUGUCCAAAAGAGAAAAUUUUCAUUCAUCCAGCUUUAAUCUGUUCUCCAGAAGAUGAGGAAAAAAUGGUUAAAAUGUCUUCAAGACUGCAGAGAAGACUUUGAUAUGGAUUUGUUCUUUCCUCUUUUUUGGCUCAUGUCAUGAUUGUAGCACAAAGAGCAAUUCAAAAAAGGAAGAAAGAAAAAUGAAGGAGAGGUUUCCCUCAAGAAACACAGGACCCAAGAAAACCAGAACGGCAAGCAAAGAUGUAAAUUUUGGAAAGAGCAAAUCUUGCCAGCCACAAGGCACUCUGCAGUUCUCCCUUCUGCUACUGCCUGAGUCAAGGAACAGACAAUAUGUCACAAAGCAUCAGGGUAUAGUUUGGAGCCCCAGUUCUUCAGUCAAUGAAGGUACAUGA